AUGAGGUUCUCUUCCAACGCCGCCUCCCUCAUACUGGGGCUUCUGGCCUCAACGGCGGGCGUGUCUGCCGCCGCUGAUGCUGCCGACAUCGAUGCCGCGCCCGCAGUGAACGAAGACUCCUUCGUCCGCGGCGCAUACAUCGUCGAGCUCAACGGCGAGCAGGAUGCUACCGCUCUUUACGACGAGCUCCGCUCCGACGGUCUCGCCGUCAAGCCCCGCCUAGACCUCAAGUACCGCCUUUUUAAUGGCGCUUCCUUCAGCGUUGACGACGACGACGGGGAGCCUGAUGUCACUACCAGCAAGAUUGCUGGCAAGCUUAGCGUCAAGGGCGUCUGGCCCGUCCGCAAGAUCAAGAUGCCCCAGCCCGAGGCUAUCUCUAUCGGUCGCAACGGGACGACUUACAGCGACACGCUCUUGAGGUCCAUCAAGGACCGUCGCGACGUCGCCGAGAAGGACACCUACAGCACCCACGUCAUGACGCAGGUGGACAAGCUUCGUGAGGCUGGACUCACGGGCAAGGGCGUCAAAGUCGCCAUUGUCGACACUGGCAUUGAUUAUAGACACCCGGCCCUCGGCGGCUGUUUCGGCGAGGGAUGCAUUGUUGCUUACGGCUGGGACUUUACCGGCGAUGACUACUAUUCGAGCUCUUCCGCGCCCAUUCCCGACGCCGACCCGCUUGAUACCUGCCAGGGUCAGGGCACGCAUGUUGCGGGCAUCAUCAUGGCGCAGAAGAACGAGCUUGGCUUUACUGGCGUGGCGCCGGAUGCUACUCUCGGCGUAUACAAGGUCAGCGGCUGCGCGGGCUACACGACGAGUGAGAUCUUGGUGUCGGCGUUUUACCGUGCCUAUGAGGAUGGUAGCGAUGUCAUCUCGUGCUCUGCCGGUGACGACUCCGGUUGGGCGAGCGACGCCGCCGGUGUUGCCGUCUCCCGCAUUGCCGAGGCCGGUGUGCCCGUCAUCGUUGCAGCCGGCAACUCAGGUAACCUGGGCGUCUGGGCUGUUGCGUCGCCAGCGUCUGGAAAGGCCGUUGCCGGCAUCGGAUCCGUUGACAACACUAUUAUGCCGAAUGUGAUGAACCGCGGCACCUUUGUCAACGAGACGGGUAAGUUUGCUUUCGGAUGGCAAGACAGCCGUCCCAUUCCGGAGGCAAACGUGACUCUGCAAUUGUGGGUUGGAGGGGUAAACAACACUGGUUGUGAGACGAUUGCCGAGGAUGUGGACUUGAGCAACGCCAUUCCCCUUGUUCCCAUAGAUGCAUGCGCGUCCGAUACCCAAGCCGAGAACCUGCUUGCGCGAGGUGCCAAGUACAUUCUCUUCUACCCCUCGAGCGAGUCGUUAUACCUCCCGUAUGUCUAUACCGCUGGUAUUGAGGGUAUUGGCAUGGUCAUGCCCCGUCAGGCACAGGACUGGAUCGCCUACGCUGAGAACGUUACCAUUACUUUGGGACCCCCCGAAAAUUCUGGCCUCUUUGCCGAAUCCACCAGCAACGGCCCAACCGCCGGCUACACUAGCUCCUUUAGCAGCUACGGCCCGACUUGGGAGCUUGAAGUCAAGCCUCAGAUCACUGCGCCCGGUGGUGCAAUCCUCUCGACCUGA